UGUAAAACGAUUAAUUAGUUUUGGUAGUGUUAAACGGGAAAUUAAGCGAGCUGUUGGAGUCUUUAACGCAGCGCUAGAAGAGGAAAUCAAAGAGGAAAGUGUGUUAGAGAGAGAAGCAGAGCAUCUCCAUCGGCGGAGAACAAAACAAAAGAGAAAGAUCCACCUCGAAACCCUCAUCGUCUCCUUUCCGCUCUCUUUUUCCCUCCUCCAAUUUUGUGAAUCCGGAUCGAGAAGACGAGGGAGGGAUGAGGGAGGAGGAGGAGGAGGAGGAGGAGGAGGGCAGCGACUGGUUCGCGCGAUGGGAGGAGCAGCUGCCGUCUCCGGAGGAGCUCAUGCCGCUCUCACAAUCCCUCAUCACGCCCGGACUCGCCUUCGCCUUCGACUUCGACAUACCCAUCGCGGCUGGCAACCCCAGUCCCACCGUCUCCCCCGGUUACAACCUCCACCGCGGCGGCCACGCUCUCACUUCCGCCUCCCCCAACCACCUCCCGCCGCUGCAUCCUCCCCCGGAGUUUGAGUCCUCCGAUCUGAACUCCGCCUCCGGUAGCGGCGGAGCCGGAGCCGGCGAUGAACCGGCGCGGACGCUCAAGAGGCCCCGCCUCGUCUGGACACCGCAGCUGCACAAGCGAUUUGUCGACGCUGUCGCGCAUCUCGGGAUCAAGAACGCCGUUCCCAAGACCAUAAUGCAGCUCAUGAGCGUCGACGGCCUCACGCGCGAGAACGUCGCGAGCCACCUCCAGAAGUAUCGACUCUAUCUCAGGCGUAUGCAAGGCCUCAGCUCCUCCGGCGGAGCCGGUAGCGGCGGCGGCGGCCCGAUAUCAGCCACCGACGCAGCCACCGACCAGUUGUUCGCAAGCGCCCCGGUGCCCCACCAUUUCCUCAGCCGAGGAGGACCAGUCGCGGGGCUAGGGGCGCCGGAGCCAUUCCUUCCCUACGUGCCGGUGUCUGCGCUGCAGCACCACCAGCAGAUCGCCGCCGCAAUCCAGCAGCAACACUUCCACCAGAGGCAUUUGGGGCAACUCGGAUCUCCCACUGGUAGCGGAGUAUUUGAGCACGGGUUCCUGAACCGGUCGGCGGUGUCCCCAUCGGGGAUACAUGCAGCGUCUGGGAUAGGGUUGGUGCAGCACACUGCCUCACCAGCCACCAAUUUUUCUGAUGAUUUGGAGACUUCGGGAAGGGGAAGCAACGGCGAGAGGAAGGUGCUGACCCUGUUUCCAACAGUCCGAGCUCCAAGUUCGUGCAGACUGAAGGGUCGGGUGGGCAAGCAAUAGAUUGACCGACCGGACAGUAAGGCCGAACAAGUUCAGCUAGACAGAGAGUCGACCGGGCAAGAGGCUCAUCGGGCGAGCAGACAGAUCGAGCGAGAAGCCGGUCGAGCUAACAAAUAGGUCGAGUGAGAGGCCAGUGGGGUGAACAGGCAGGUCGAGCAAGAGGCCGGUCGGGCGAACAAACAAGUUGAGCGAGCUGGUGUUGGUCGAGCGGGCAAGCGGCUAGGUUCACCGAGCGAACGAAGAGGCCGACCAGGCGGACAAGGAGACCGACCAUGUGAGCGGAUGUAAAGGCCGAUUGAACUGACCGAGCGUCUGAGCAAGUGGCUAGCCGGGCUUUGACGCCGAGUGGGACCAACAGAACCGAGCGAGCGGCAGACCGAGGCCUGCGAUGGACGCAGUUUCCCUGAAAUAAAUUCGUCUCACUUCCGGCUGUGCUUCCAGGUUUCCUCAAGUCGUCUGUUUUUCAGGAUACUACGAUGAACAGUGAUUCUCACCAAGCACUGAUGGUCACGGCGAACUGAGCAGUACCUGAACUAUCACCGACAUUCCACCGAGUAAAAGUUGCACAACAGAGGAGGAGGGAAAGUAGGUGGAGAGCUUUUGCUGCUUUUCUUUUCUAUGUGAGUAACCUUUUGUCUGUGGUCGCAGCCUCCUUAUAUAGGAGCUCAAACCAAUGGGCAGUGUUAAUGAUCAUUAUUUGUUAGCUGUGUAACGCAUCGUUUUACUUGACUGCAUUAGUUUUUCUUUA